GACUGCUAGGAAAUGAUCGUCUGCAGUAACUUGUGAAACGGAAUACUUUUCUCAACAUCGCUGUUAACAACUUCGGCUCCAUCAAGAGAACUGGUGUUGACACGUGGAUCAAAUUCUUUCGAGAGGUAUUCCCUGAUAUAACUCGGGAAGUUCAAAGCAAAAACUUCGUAGAAGGCUUGGAGCUAGCGCUUACUUGUUCUACAUCCCAUAAUGUUCUACAGUCAAGAUAUCUUGCAGAAGAGAGGGGGGAGGUUUGGAAUUAUCUGGCUUGCAGCCACAAAUUUUAAGCGACUGACAAGAAGAGAGUUUUGCAGUGUCAACGUCAAUAAGACAAGCGAUGACAUAUUGGAUUACAUCCUCCUGCGUGCUCUGCCCAGUCGCCCUGGAGCUGCGCGCCCCAGACUCUCCCUCUACCUUGCUUCACAGCUCAUGUUUGGUCUUACCAAGGUUUAUGGCAAACAGAGAGAGUACCUGUUGUCUGAUGUGACUGCCAUGUCCACCCGGUUCCAUAUGAUCCUGGCUCCAGUUGCUGACAUUGACCUCAGAGUAACCCCAAGAGCUGACUUGGUGACAAAUCCAGACUAUGCUGCACAGUCUUCCAGAUAUGGCCCUGCAUUUGAUCCAUACUUUGGGGUUUUUGGUGUAGAAGACACACCAGAUACAGACAUUAUUCCAGAAUUGAAAAUGUGGGAAUCUCAGGUGAUUUCUCCUCAAUCUGAACUUUCACCAUCCAUCCAUCUGUCCCGAAAACCAGCUGCAGUCAGCCCUCCCCAUACCGUGUCAAGCUCUGAGAUUACCAUGAUGGAGGAAAUUAUGUCAGAACCGGCAGCUAGGGAGCUGACUGUGGAGGAAGACCUGCCAAUACUCAGUGAUGAGCAGCUUGAGACCUUGAUGCACCAGGUGGGCUUGGAGGAUCCUCUGCUGAGAGUUACCUCCCCUUCACAGGCUGUCAGUACUCCCAUACAACACCCCAGUCUGACAGGGACGUCAAAAAGAGAUCUCUUGCCUCCACUGGAAGAGACUCCGAUUGCAGGUGUGCAUGUUUCCUUGUUGCAACCCACCAUGAUACGUCAGGCCCGCCCCCCAUCACCAGGAAUCACUCCCAGGGUACCAUCUCCUGAUACGAGGAGGAGAAAACGAAAGCGCUCCAGUCUGGCACUGGAAUUGUCCCCCACGGCCACGCCCAGCCCACGCCGUGCCCGACACAAACGUAGACUCCCGUUCAUCGACAGAGACACACAGAUUCCCAAAGCUGUGAUGCGAGAGAACCUGAAUAGUUCAGAGACAACCUGCCGGCCAUUUGAACUCCCUGAAAUUGGAUCAGUGCCCCUGACUGAUGUAUUCAAAAGGCCAGGAAGGAAAGCUCUCAGAAGCUCAUCCCUAAGUUACCUGUGGAGUCGUAACGCCUACCCGACUGAGUUUAUGGAGACCUCUUCUGACAUUGACCAUCCUAUAUGGACAGUGCCUGAUCUCUCAGUUGAGAGAUCAAGUACAUCUGAAGAGGAACAGAGGCAGGCUGUGGUGGAUGUUACAGUAACAGAAUCUGCGGAGAUGACAAGAAUUCAGGAUGUGACUGGUCAGUCCAUAGAGAUCCUUCGAGAAGCUUCCCUGACCCUGGAGAGAAGCCGUCAGCUGGACAACACAUCACUGUCCCUUGACAGAGACAUCCACGAAAGGUCAGCAGGAGAGGAACAACUGCCACGAAAACGACCUAAGGUGUCUGUAGGCACAUCCAGCGGCGACGAGAUGGCGGAUUUGCAGGUGGAUCAGUCAGACGGUGACCUUUCUGACCAUUCUCGGCACGUAGGAAAGCAGCUGUACGUCUUACCUGAGGUUCUGGAGGAGGAGGUACAGAUGCCGGCCAUGGAGACAAUGAGAGAGAUGCCAAGCACGCAGGUAGAGGAAGAGUUGAUCAGUGCCGUAUCCAGACAAACUGCCUCUGAGGUGUAUACAACAUUUCAGGACAUCUGCCCUCCUAGUUCUACAUCACGGCUGACUGCAGCCAAAACCUUCAGUAAAAUACUAGAAUUUUGUGCCAGCAGCAGACUGAAAUGCUACCAAGCGGAGUCGUAUGGGGACAUCUAUGUGGCACAGGGCUCAGAAUGGUAAACACAGAAGUGAACGAUAUCAUUAAACUCUGUCAUCUUUCGGUUAGGGUUAACAAACUGUUUUAGUGUGUACUAGUCAAAUCCAAGUGAUGAAGUACGUACACAUACAAGUGUAUAGUAGAUUACAUGAUGGUUUUUACUAUCAUGUUAUUACCCCAGGAACAAUGUAUGACAUAAUACUCUUGUAUACCCAAAGUGUUGCAUGUUUGAACUGCACUUAUUGCAUUAUUGUGACGUACGUUAUAUAUAUAUUUUUCCCCUUUACCCUCAAGUUGUGAUGAUGUUCAUGUUUUUGUCAAACUUGUUGCUGAUUCCUGUUUCUCACGCAUCCACUUUUAGGUUUCUGUUUUCUUAAUUGUGUGAGCAGUUGAUUGUUAUGGCGUGAGUAAAGUUUUGAGAACGAACAUCCAAACAACAGAUACUGUGAAACUUUUAGUAUUGCGUUAAUUGUUCACACUAUAUGUAUACAUGCUAGGCAGCUUUACUUAAACUGAAUUUUACAGC